UAUCUGUUUAACUUCUUUUUGAGUGCAAUUAAUUUAAUUCUUUCGUUUUAUUUUGAAUAACUAUUACGAAUUAAUAAAAAGGAAUAUGUUUUCCUCCAUAAAUAAAUUAGCAAUAGCUGAAUAUUCUGCUGAAUUGAUGGUAUAUUUCGAGAAACAUAAAAUAAUUGAAAUUGUAACGCGCUUGAUGGCUGAAAUCGGUCUUAUCCGCCCGACCGAUCCACAACAUUGGAUUGCCACAAAUAUUCGCCGAAUCGCCGAUGAAUUUUAUCAUAAAUGCCUAAAAGCUAGCUAUACCGGCAGUAAAAUCGACUAUUACCAACUGCCUCGACACUUUCACCAUCGUAUAGUUGUAUUCGGGCGAAGCGGUUCCGGUCGCAAAACUCAAGCAAUUGCCAUGGCAAAACGUUUCAAUCUAAUUUAUAUUGACGCCGAACAAUUGAUUUAUGCAACUUUCUUUCGCAACGACAAUUUAGCACAAAUGCUGCAUAAAGCAUUCGCCGAUGAUGUGGCAAAGGAUAAAUCAGCUGCUUUAUGUAAAAUCAUACAGCAACGUUUAAUACAAAUGGAUGCCUUACGUCAGGGUUGGGUUCUGAUAAAUUAUCCACGCAAUGUUGAGGAAUUCACUGAAAUGUUUGAAAAAUUCAAAAUCCCACCCAACAAAGUAGUGUACUUGCAAUGCCCCGAAUUAAUAGCAAUGCGACGCUUAGUUACAAGACCCGAUUUGGGAUGCCCACAAAAUACCUGCGAGUACAUAGAGCAAGAGAUGACAUAUUUCACCCGUAACGAACCAGCUGUAAAUGAAUAUCUUGCACGUCGCCACGAGACAAUCUAUGUAGACUCAACACCUUGUUUCGAGGCGGUGCGCACAAACCUGUGGACACAAAUGGAGCGUUUGCCUUAUGUAAUGGGGUAUAAAGCUUGAUAGCCGGCUUUGAAAUUGCUAAAUUUUUAUGUAGUUUAUAGAGGCGAAAAAAAUAAAGAUGCACCUACGUAUUUCACACUGCAUGAAGGUAUAUGAAGAUUAAAAAAUGUUAGCAAUAUUACAUCUAAAUUCAGCGUUAGUUCUAACAUAUUGAAAAGUACGAGUAUUGCUUUAAAAAAUAAAACUAGCAGAAAAAUUACAAAUGUUUAUAUUUUAAAUGUACUUGCAUUCGGUUUAAAAAUCGAUGCAAUCCGAAUAUAAUGUU